GGCUUGAUUAGUUUGAUGGAUUGAUCCGAACCGUUUGGCUCGGGGCGGACAGGGACAGGGAUUUAGUAUGGUAAACCGUCAGAACAGGCAAGCCCUAAAGCUUUACUCUCUCUUGCGGUCUUGGAUUAAGAAUGGCCGACGAAACCGUCAGAACGGCAUUUUUUGAGAUUCAAGGUCGGAUGAUAGAGAUCACCGGCAAACUCAAGCAGGUUCAGAAUCAGAUGCGAAACAAAGAAGGUGAAAAGAAGCGUGCUUUCUUAACCUUGGAGGAGCUGCGCCAAUUGUCUGAUGAUACAAAUACCUAUAAAUCUAUUGGGAGAACGUUUGUUUUAGAGCCUAAGUCAGAUCUAAUGAAUGAACAAGAGCAAAAGCUGAAGGAUAGUGAAACUGCAAUUGCCUCAUUACAGACUUCAAAGGAAUAUCUAGAGAAACAAAUGGCAGAAGUAGAGAACAACUUGAGAGAGUUAUUGAGUCAAGAUCCAGGCCUAGCUCGUCAGAUCAUGACCAUGAGUGUUAUGUAAAAAUUUUGUUGUUUGUUAGCCCUUUGAACAAACGGAAAUGUAACUUUGUACUGGCUUAUUGGUUUUGAAUAUUUUGUAAUGUCAUCUGUUUUUCUUA